ACAGCAACAACUGCCGCAAUACCUAUAACAACAUCAACAAGAACCACAGCAACAACAGCCACAAUACCUAUAACAACAUCAACAAGAACCACAGCAACAACAUCCACAAUACCUAUAACAACAUCACCAAGAACCACAGCAACAACUACCACAAUACCUAUAACAACAUCAACAAGAACCACAGCAACAACAGCCACAAUACCUAUAACAACAUCAACAAGAACCACAGCAACAACAUCCACAAUACCUAUAACAACAUCAACAAGAACCACAGCAACAACAGCCACAAUACCUAUAACAACAUCAACAAGAACCACAGCAACAACAGCCACAAUACCUAUAACAACAUCACCAAGAACCACAGCAACAACUACCACACAAUACCUAUAA